AUGAACUCCAUAUCAACUUAUGCAGAGACUCCUGUGCCUGCUAGUACUAAAUUGCCGCAGCACAUUGGAGAAAAUAUUCUUCCCAACUUCCCAAUUUUCAGUCGACUCUUAUAUCUGGCGGGCAAUCGCAGCUCACUUGCAAUCAACGAUGUCACCUAUGGUCACCAAGCAACCUACGGCCAACUCCUGUCGGAUGUACUCCAUCUUCGGAACGCGAUCUUUCAUAGAUUAGACGCCGAUACUCAGGCUAAGCUUUUGCGUGGAGACAGAGUGUGUAUCAAUCUGCUUGCACCGGGAGGCUAUGAGUUUGCUACGGCUUUCCUAGCCACCGUGGCUCUGGGUGCAGUCCUUGUACCAAUUUCUACCGCGGUCCCUUUGGAGGAAGCCUUAUAUUUUGCCAACACCUGCCAGUCAGUUGCACUGCUGUGUUCUUCGAAAUAUGCGGAGUUCGGACAACGUCUCGCCCAGACCAUCCACACAACACGCGAUCCGAGCUUUGUUUCGCUAAGCAUUCGGCCCGAAAUCUGCAAAAAGCUUAUUCCUCAUGACCGGAUUGUCGUUUCCUCGGAUCACUACCUUGACUACAACGGUGAUGGAUUGGCUAUUUUCACCUCCGGUACAAGCGGACCACCCAAAUGCGCCGUCAAGCGACGAUCAUUCAUCGAUAUGAAUGCCAAGGCCAUUGCUGACUGGUACGGGCUCAAGGAAGACGACGUCGUUCUCCAUACUCUACCGGUGCAUCAUGCGACCGGAAUCGGUAUCACCUUCAUGCCGUUCCUGUUAGCAGGGGCUACUAUCGAAUUCCAAUCGUCUGGAUUCAAUGCUGCAGAAAUUUGGGAUCGAUGGAGGAAGGGUGGGCUCACCGUAUUCUCUGGUGUACCAACUAUGUACAUGCGGUUGAUGAGACAUUUCGAAGAAGUUUUGUCUAAAGGUCCCCAGGCUCGGUCAUAUGUUCAGGCUGCCAGUGCUUUCCGUUUGAUGAUGUGUGGAACCUCCGCUCUUCCAUUUUCUCUGCAGAUGAAAUGGUCUAAAUUGCUGAACGGGAAACGGAUCUUGGAACGGUAUGGCGCCACUGAGUUUAGUAGUGUCUUCAGUGUGAGACCAGGGGAUUCUGAAAACCCGGAUGGAUCGGUGGGCAAAGUCUUCUUUGGAUUGGAAGUGAAACUCUCGAAUGGGGACGAAGGCGAAAUCUUGGUCAAGAGCCCACACAUGUUCACAGAAUACAUGUAUGAUUCGGAAGCUACCGCAGCAGCAUUUACACCGAAUGGAUUUUACAGGACGGGCGAUAUUGCCAGAAAGGAAGGCGACUAUUACUUCAUUCUUGGCCGGGCAUCCAUCGACAUUAUCAAAUCGGGCGGAUACAAGAUCUCAGCCCUUGACAUUGAACGUGAAAUUCUCAAUAUGCCAUAUAUCAGCGAAGUCAUGGUAGUCGGAGCCGAGGAUGAAGAGUUUGGACAAAGAGUGGCUGCGGCAAUCGUCCUUAGAGACGGCGUUCCCCCACUGACGCUUGAGAAAUUGCGGAUGGACCUUCGCGAGCGUUUGGCAGGAUACAAGAUGCCUACUAUACUACGCGUCGUCUCUGAACUUCCGAAGAGCUCAACGGGUAAAGUAGUCAAAAGACUGCUAAAGAAGGAAUUGUUUCCUACUGGUGGACAUCCUGGAAUCCAGACAUGGGCAUUCCGGAGGUCGAAGGUUUAA